UGCGCCGCCAUCUUGGUUCGGCGGAGCGGAGUGAGGAGGGGGCGGUCCGCGACCCCCGCCAUGGCCGCCACCGCCGCCGGCGCCGAAAUGGCAUCGGACGUUUCCUCGCUGGGCGCAGCCGUCGGCUCCGGGACCCCUGGAUCGGGAGCCCAACCUGGAGGGGCCGUGGCUCAGAGAGGCAGCAAGAGGAGACCUGGGCUGGACUUUGAUGAUGAUGGAGAAGGGAACAGUAAAUUCCUCAGAUGUGACGAUGACCCGAUGCCAAACGAUAAAGAGAGAUUUGCCAGGUCUGAUGAUGAGCAGAGUUCAGCGGAUAAGGAGAGACUUGCCAGGGAGAACCACAGCGAGAUCGAGCGCAGGAGGAGGAACAAGAUGACUGCCUACAUCACGGAGCUGUCGGACAUGGUGCCCACGUGCAGCGCCCUGGCCCGCAAGCCGGACAAGCUGACCAUCCUGCGCAUGGCCGUGUCCCACAUGAAGUCCCUGCGCGGCACCGGCAACACCUCCACGGACGGCACCUACAAACCCUCCUUCCUCACCGACCAGGAGCUCAAACACCUGAUCCUGGAGGCAGCCGACGGCUUCCUGUUCAUCGUGUCCUGCGAGACGGGGCGGGUGGUCUACGUGUCCGACUCCGUGACCCCCGUGCUGAACCAGCCACAAUCCGAGUGGUUCGGCAGCACCUUGUACGACCAGGUGCACCCGGACGACGUGGGCAAGCUGAGGGAGCAGCUCUCCACCUCCGAGAACGCCCUCACAGAAGGAACCAAACCCUGGUGCCUUUCUACCAAGGAUGCCGCAGCCCCCCCCGAGAAUGCGUCUAAAGGUCGGAUCCUGGACUUGAAGACGGGCACCGUGAAGAAGGAGGGGCAGCAGUCCAUGAGGAUGUGCAUGGGCUCGCGGAGAUCCUUCAUCUGCCGCAUGAGGUGUGGCAACAGCUCCGUGGAUCCAGUGGCUGUGAAUCGUCUCAGCUUCAUGAGGAAUCGCUGCAGGAAUGGCUUAGGUGCAGCAAAGGAUGGAGAGCCUCACUAUGUCGUGGUGCACUGCACUGGGUACAUCAAAGCCUGGCCCCCAGCAGGUGUUUCCCUGCCCGAUGACGACCCCGACGCCGGCCAGGGCAGCAAGUUUUGCCUGGUGGCCAUUGGCAGGCUCCAGGUGACCAGCUCUCCCAACUGCACAGACAUGAACAACGUGUGCCAGCCCACAGAGUUCAUCUCCAGGCACAACACCGAGGGCAUCUUCACCUUCAUCGACCACCGCUGCGUGGCCACCGUUGGCUACCAGCCCCAGGAACUUUUGGGGAAAGACAUCGUGGAUUUCUGCCAUCCAGAAGACCAACAGCUUUUACGGGACAGCUUUCAGCAGGUGGUGAAGUUAAAAGGCCAGGUUCUGUCGGUCAUGUUCCGCUUCCGAUCCAAAAACCGGGAAUGGCUCUGGAUGAGAACCAGCUCCUUCACCUUCCAGAACCCCUACUCGGAUGAGAUCGAGUACAUCAUCUGCACCAACACCAACGUCAAGAACUCGAGCCAGGAGUCCCGGCCUGCCCUGGCAAACUCUCUGCCGAGGCCCCAGCUGGGGCAGAGCGUCAACCUCCCCCUGGACAUGGGCACAGCCCCGCUGCCCUCAAGGCAGCAGCAGCCCCCACAGGCAGAGCUGGAAGUGGGCCCGGGAAGGGAGAGCCUGGCUGGGUAUGAGCACUCCCAGGUCCCCGUGCAGCCCGUGAGUGCUGCAGGCCCAGAGCACAGCAAACCCCUGGAGAAGGCAGAGAGCCUGUUCAGCCAGGAGCGGGAUCCACGCUUCGGGGAGAUCUUCACCGGGAUCAGCACAGACCAGAGCAAGGCCCUCCCUGCCAGCACCGUGCCGGCCAACCCGCCCCUCUUCUCCCAGGGAAACACCUUCACUGCUGCACGGCCCCAGGAGAACUUCAGGAGCAGCAGCAUGGUGCCUCCGGUGAACAUCAUCCAGCAGCAGCCGUCCCCCGCCGGCCGGAUCUUAUCCCAGAUUUCCCGGCACUCCAGCCCAGCUCAGGUCAGCGGGACCACGUGGGCUGCAGGGACACGCCCGGUGUUCACACCCCAGCAAGUGGCGUCGCAGCCGGUGAAGACUCGGCCGCCGUCCUUUGGCAUGGGGACAUUCCAGGGCACCCCGUCCUCCUUCAGCUCCAUGACGGCUCCAGGAUCCACGGCCUCUCCCACCGCGGCUCCGUACCCGGCCCUGGCCGGCCGAGGCUCCGGCUUCAGCACGGAGGCAGCUCAGACCCCGGCCCCGUUCCAGCCCCGCGCCGCCGACGCCGUGGGAAUGUGGCCCCAGUGGCAAGGGCAGCACCACGGCCCGGGAUCCGGAGAGCAGCACGUGCAGCAGCCCCAGCCCAGCCAGCCUGAGGUCUUCCCAGACAUGCUGACCAUGCUGGGAGACCAAGGGCCCAACUACAACAACGAAGAAUUCCCAGAGCUGAACAUAUUCCCUUCUUUUUCCGAGUAAAACAAGCCUUAGGGGAGACACCAUAAAGCUCUACAAUAUCCACGUGUAAAGGAAAACAGCCGAGUCUUUCUCUCCAACAACUGUCCAAACUCUUCCCACCCUCUGGAAGGGGAGCUCCGAGGAUGGGUGGCCGUGGAGGAGGAGGAGGAUGGUGUGGUUUGGACACCUCCUCCCUGUGGGAUUGUUCUGGAAGCUCCAGGACCUGAGUGCCAUGAGAGCGAAGGCCCCGUGUUCCCAGAGCCGCUCCCGAGUGGAUUUCCGUGGGAGGGAUUCCUGGCUGGAUCUCACACAGCCCUUCCACGCUUUUUAACGUGGCUGUGACUGGUUUUAUUUCAUUCUCUGCCGUGACUUUUUCUAUCAAAACACAAAACUCUUGAGAUUUUUAAGUAUUGGGAGAAGCUCUUCCAAGCGUUAUCCCUGUAAAUACAAUCCUGGAGGAUGCUUGAGUAAGAAUCCCUGUCCUGAGCCGGUGUUUUCCUCCUUUUUGGAGGAAUUUUGGCUGGUCUUGGAGGGUUGUUACCACAUCUCCAGUCCAGGGUGCUCCACGUGGAGAUUCCCACGUUUGUUUGGAAUCUUCCCUCUCCUGUGAACUGUGCAAUGAAGUCAGUGUGACCCAUAACCCCCCUCCCCCCCGUUAUCCCGGGAUAAUUAACGAGCCAUAAAAAUAUUAUCCAUGUAGCUUUCUUCUGGAUGCAUCAGUUUUCCAGCUGGUGGGUUUCUGUGCUGCCACAAAUUGAUGUUUCAACAGGUUUUUUGGGGGAAAAAACCUGCCCCACGCUGUCCGUGGAAUUUUAUCCCAUAGAGAGGAGUUCCUUGUUGUCGUCUGGAUGUAGGAGAAUCCCUGGAUUUCAUCAGGGAAUUGCUGAGGAACUGUGUAUUUUCACUACAUUUGCUCACUCACCGUCUCCUUAAGGAAGAAUUCCUGCCAUGGGAUGAUCCUGUUGCCAAAUCACAAACUGUAAGAGGAGAGCUGGAAAAGUAGGGAACAGAGUGAUUUUUUUUUUUUUAUAUAUAUAUAUAAAUAUAUAUAAAAUUUUUAAUUUUUAAACCUUGACUUGGAAUCUUCUGGCUUUUUCUGUGGGAAAAAAAAAACACAAAAAC